CAGGCAGCUUCAAAACAAGGACACGACAAGAUCGUGCAGAUGCUGCUCGACAAAGGCGCAGAUGUAAACGCUCAGGGCGGAGAGUACGGCAGCGGCAGCGCAUUACAGGUAGCCUCAGAAAAAGGUCACGAAAAAAUCGUGCAGAUGCUGCUCGACAGAGGCGCAGAUGUAAACGCCCAGAGCGAAGAGCACGGCAGCGCAUUAGAACUAGCUUCAGCAGAAGGUCAUGACAAUAUCGUACGGAUGCUACUC